AUGUGGCUGUUUCUCUUCUUCACUUCGGUGCUUGCCUUUAACAACCCCCCUGGUGUGGAUAUCUGGUGCGGCAAAGCAUAUCGGUCCAGCAACGCUUCAUUCAAUCCUGGCGGAUGGUUUGAAUAUCCGCCUGUAUCGACUACUCCCCUGUUGGACCUCCGUGUUCAACCGCGGAUGAGUCUGUAUCUCGACAGCGACAAGACAGGGAGUCUCCUGAUUGAUGCGUCGGUGUCGGAACGAAUUGGAUCUGCGUUGCCUGUUGGAAAUGGGACAUCGCAGAAUCUAUCAUUCACCGUCUCUGGAGAGUCUGGAGAGUUCCUUCAAGGAGAAGUUCCCCUCGGAUCGACAGAUAACGAAUAUGAUAUUUCCCUCGACGCCUUCCCACCACGCAUGACGCCAUACAAUCUCACACUGACAGCUUCUAUCGACGGAUACAUCUAUAACACUUCUACAGAGCUGCUUCGUCUCCCUGCCCCAGAGGGAAGCGCUGUUCGACUCGACAGACUGUACGGGGGAUUGUCUUCCGUCCGCGACAAUCGUACCGAGUGGACAACUCUCUUCCCCUACACGUAUUACGUGCAGUGGAGUCUAUACUGGGAUAGUAAUGUGUCGACGUUGAACGAAUUCGCAGCCAUGGGAUACAAUGUGAUCCAUAUCGUGCCUACUGGGACGCUAGGGGAUACUCCGUUCCCCUGGGACGACUUCGACCGGUACCUCCAACGAGCAGAUGAACUAGGGCUGUGGCUUCAGUACGACGUGCGAUGGACAGAUACAAACUCCACCAUGAUGAUCGAGCAGGUGGAGCGGCUGCGAGAUCAUCCGAGUAUCCUGAGCUGGUAUUCAGCCGACGAGCCAGACGGACAGUCUGAUCCGAUCAACUCGACGAAACUCUCCUACGAGACCAUCAAGAGUCUCGAUCUGUACCAUCCCGUCUCGCUGGUUUUGAACUGCGCCAAUUUCUAUUAUGCGGAUUACGCGGCUGGCGCUGAUAUCGUCAUGUCGGAUGUGUAUCCCAUUGCAACCAACACGAGCUGGUCGACCGUGUACGACACCCCGUGCAACGCGACGUACGGCUGUUGCGGAUGCGACGAUUGUCAGGGCGAGUUUGCAGAUAUCUCCAACCGACUUGAUAGUUUCCACGAGUUCGAUCACUUCCUGCAGUGGAAGAAACCCCACUGGGGAGCUCCGCAGGCGUUUGGCAACGAGACUUUCUGGACCCGGUAUCCCACUGCGGCCGAGGAGGCGGUCAUGAAUCUCUUGAGUGUCAACCACGGUGCCAAGGGGAUCGUCAUGUGGGAUUUUCCUACCUCUGACGAGAUCUUAGCCGUGACAGAUCAACUGGCGAGAGUGUUGACGGCAGAUGAUGUGGUUCAGUAUGUCCUGGGAUCGCCAUUGACGAAUCUUCCGGUGGACGCUGGGAAGAUUGAUGCGGCAACGUGGACGAGAGGGAAGGAAAUGCUGAUCAGCGUGGUCAACCUGGAGUAUAACAGCGUGGCAGAUGUCGUUCUCCGGCUGCCAGUCCAAGUUCACUCCAUCGGACAAUCGUUCUGGGGAGACGCCAAAUGGAAGAUCCAGGGAGAUGCGCUAGUGGUGGAUGUUUUGUCUGCUUUGGAGGUAUCGUUAUUCGAGGUGACUUUGCUAUAG